UCUGAAUUCUGACUGGAGUUGCAGCGAAGUAAAACCAAAAGUGUUCAACAAAAUGAGCGACGCCGGUCGAGGUGGAGUGCAACUACCGGAUAAGAAGCGUGACCCUGUUUGCGUUGAACGGGGCAAUUCUGGUGAAACGGUCCACGAGCCUGCUGAAACACAUGCUAGCAGCAGCAGCAGCAGCAAGCACAAGCAAUUCCCGAAUGGGGAGGUUGAACGGGAAGAAACGGAAAGCAAGAAGAACGGGAAGAAUAGUAAGUGCUUGAAGAACUACAAGAUGAAGAACGCCGCCAAGGAGAGCGGAGAAUCACGAGACCUGAGGGGAUAUCUGGAAAAUUAUUGCGAGGAGAUCAAGCGCUUAUCCUGAUGAAAAAAACGUUCUUGCCGGCACAAAUUUGUGUAGAUUUCCUUUUGCAUGACGGACGUCGAGUUCAGGUCACUGAAGGUACGUGACAUGAUGCAAAACAAAUUUGGUACUGCAAGUUAUUUUUUCGUCGUGAUUUCUUCUCGACGAACACUGGUAUGGCUGCCCGUGUGUAGGUGGACAUAUGGCGAAGAAUUUGACCAUCGAGAAGCUGCUCUACAAGCGUGAACUUCGAGGAUUUUCACUGGACUUGCGCAAGAAGAAAUUCAUCGAUGAUUCAAUCAAGCUUUCUGACUGGGAAUUUUUGUUUGGUCGCUCCAGCUUGUGCAAUUUAGAGCGCUUGGAUUUGGGAGGGUGCGGGUUGGAGAAUCUCGAAAAAACGAUCGAAGAAACGAGCGGGAUUCCAUUGUUAAGGAGCUGCGGCGAGAGCCGAUUGUGGUGGUUGAACCUAUCGGGAAACAAUCUGUCGAAUCUGAACUUUUUAAUCGGGGAGUGGCGGAGGUGUUUUGAGCCGUUUUCCCGGCUGGAGUUCUUGAUUCUCGACAACAAUCCGGCGUUAGACGAAACGGGCUUUGAGGAGGGUCUGAAGAGAGGACUGCAAGCAGUAAGAGGUUCGUUACUCUUCGUGUCGGUAAACCAAUUAUUUGGCUGCCACGACAUCGCCGAAUUGCGGAAGAAGAUGUUCAGGACGCUACCGAAAUUGUUGUGGUUCGACUACAGGGGCCAGAAGCAGUUGCCGAAAGAUGAGCGCGUAGUAGACGAAUCGAACAGAGAAGUAGAGGAAGGAAACGAAUCCACCGGGGAAGAAGAUUCCGAUUACCAUGAGAUUGACGAUUACGAGGAUUCAUCGGUGGAUGUGUCCUAUCCCGCGAGCAGUUUUUCCUAUUGCGACAUCAAUCGGUUACGGUUAAUGGGGUACAUCGGAAUGGUCAAAUUAUGGCGCUCGGGGGUCCGCAUCCCCGAGCACCUUCAAGAAUACUCGAACAAAAAAUAUGUUCGGGGGGAGCUUGAACCACUGCUCGGUGAUCGCGAUUGGUUCAAAGCAAGCGGCUGGCGGUUGCUGCGGGAAGUCGAAGAUUUCGGGUUGUUGUGGCCAUGGAGCCUGCGCGCGAAAGCGCAUUCCAACUUGCUUUACAUGGAAGAGCCGGCGGAGGUGCUCGAAGAGCUGAGGAUCUUAUCAAACUCAAAAGUGUGUUGCAUAUCUGCGUUUGCUGAAUUUGCGGUCGAUGUCAAGGUCAUGUAUAAAAAAAGUAAAAAAGAACUUAGCUCAGAUCGCACUGUUUUCCCAAUGAGUUGGAUAUGCACGUAUGAUAAUUGAAAGUGAAUACGGCGAAAACGUACGGAAACGCAGAUACCUGCAAUUGCAACACCUUUCUUGUCGCGAUACACUUUGUACCUUUCCAAUUUGUACGAGCUGGAGAAUCUAGACUUCUUGAUAAACCGCGGCAGUGAGAAGGCGUACAAGGGCCUGAAACUAGGGACAAAUCACGGUAACUGUGUUUGCCUGACAACUUCCAAGUUCCCAAAACUGCAGCGCCUCCUCCUCUUCAAUUGCCACCAGCUUACAUUUGCGCACAUGAGAAGAGGUCUCGAGGCCGUGAAGGACUCGCUGCAGGAACUGGAAAUUUGCGAUUACGAAAACGUCAAGGGCCAGCCACACCUACUCGGAUUUCGUGACAAGCUGCACAUGUACAACGAGUUCCGCGCCUUGUUUCCAAAGCUGACAGUUUGGAUACGAUACAACGACGACGACGACGACUUCUUGGACGACAACUUCGUGCUGCACCGCCUGCGUGGUGAAGAGAAAGAACGUGAUUUCAGAGAUCCGAAAGACGAGCGAUGGUUUCCGGGUUUUUUCUCCCAGCUGUCCAAGUCGACGGGAGGAGGACGAUCAGCAGUGAGCCGGCCGGCGGUCUCCUCCGCUGUCGCGGACAAGAACAAAGAGGUUGCGGCAGCGAAAAGACGGGCGAAGAAAUUGAGGAAGGAUGUGAAGGACGAGGGUGAUGUGUUUGACUUGGAGAAAUUAGCGAAGCACGGCUGGGAAUACAGCAAGAAGAUGGCCGAGGAAACGUUCUACAUCUACAAGAGAGACCCGGACAAGAAAGAGGUUUUGAAAGACGACCUACCGCCAAGGCCAAAAGGUCUCCUGUUGAAGGGAGAGGCUCUGAUGAAUUACACCACGUUGACGAAGACGGUAGAGGUGGAGGAGUGGAAGCACAAGGAGUGGACCGGUAUCCAUGAGUUUGUGUUAUUUUAUUAUUGGUUUUAUUUCGAUAUUCUUAUUUUUGGAUGGUCGUGAAAUUUUUCCUCAUGUUGUUCUUCUUUGUUGCUGUUGCUUGUACUUACUUACAGAAGGAUGUAUAGCAUCCACAUCAAAGCCACCAGGCACUUGAAAUUGCGACGUAAAUAAAACAGAGCAAACCUUUCGCAAGAAGGAGAAGCUGUUCAAAUUUCUCGGGCUCAACGUUUUGCAGCUGGUGAAGAAGGAGAGGCCCAUAAACAUUCGCGUCGACGAAAUCAAGGAGGGACAAAACAUCGGUGGAACUCUGCCGCUGAAGAGCAACGCCAUCAGCCCUCAGGUUUCAUCCACGGCCAGAAAACCCGAUUUCGCAGCUGCACACGGAGGACCAGGAGAUGUGAAGGACGCAGGGGACUUUUUUGAUGAGGAAGCGGGUUUUUCCAUAGCGCUAGGCGCCACUGGACACCACGGGGAGCAAGCAAAUCCGGGCCACAACAAGCGAAGUCGAAUUGGGGACGCUGGAAACGGUGAAGAGGAGUACAGCAGAAACAGAGGGAUGCAGGUAGGUUAGUCUAGUUAGGACUGUUCCUAGAACAAAGUACUGAAGACGAACUGCAAAAAGAGAAAAAAACACUGGCUGCUCAUGCAAAAAUGAUUUUCCGAUUCCGGGGUAUGAUGUUGACGAGACGCCCACAACAAAUACUUAAUCAUGAUAAAUAUCCACUAACAAUACAGGGUGACCACGCCGCCACUAUGGAAACGAGUCGACUGCAGGUUCCUUCAUCCCCCAAGCGAGAUGCGGCGUCUCAUGCGGCAAAGAGGCGAGCCGUUGCCGGAUUGGAGGCUGCAGGCGAAGCGCCCAAGGAAGAAGGAAGGGAUGACACGUUUUUGGAGCUGGUGUAA